CAAGGUCGUCAAUUGUCAAUUGACAAAUAGUACGGCACUUUUGAUAAUCUUCAUAUUUAAAGCCUGGUGGCCCGUCUCUGGUAAAAUCAUGGCGGAUUUCGUAAAGCUUUCCAUCUUUGGUACAGUGUUCGAGGUAACCACGCGAUAUGUAGACCUUCAACCGGUCGGUAUGGGCGCAUUCGGACUCGUCUGUUCCGCAAAGGAUCAACUCUCCAACACCUCUGUCGCUAUCAAAAAGAUCAUGAAGCCUUUCUCCACUCCUGUACUCAGCAAGCGGACAUAUAGGGAGCUCAAGCUUCUUAAACAUCUGAGGCAUGAGAAUAUCAUCUCAUUGAGCGACAUUUUCAUAUCACCAUUAGAAGACAUAUACUUCGUCACAGAGCUGCUUGGUACCGAUCUCCACCGACUGCUCACCUCUCGCCCGCUUGAAAAACAGUUCAUCCAGUACUUCCUUUACCAAAUCCUUCGUGGUCUCAAAUACGUUCACUCCGCCGGCGUUGUCCAUCGUGACCUGAAACCAUCAAAUAUUCUCGUCAACGAGAAUUGCGAUUUGAAGAUUUGCGACUUUGGAUUGGCCCGAAUUCAAGACCCUCAAAUGACGGGAUACGUCUCUACGCGAUAUUACCGCGCCCCGGAGAUUAUGUUAACUUGGCAGAAGUAUGAUGUGGCCGUCGACAUCUGGAGCACAGGCUGUAUUUUCGCCGAGAUGUUAGAGGGAAAGCCCCUCUUCCCAGGGAAAGAUCACGUCAAUCAAUUUUCCAUCAUCACCGAGCUCCUUGGCACACCACCAGACGAUGUCAUACAAACUAUCGCCAGUGAAAACACCCUGCGGUUCGUGCAAAGCUUGCCCAAAAGGGAAAAAGUUCCAUUUUCUUCGAAGUUUCCGAAUGCCGACCCUAUCUCCCUUGAUUUACUGGAGAAGAUGCUUGUCUUCGAUCCUCGUACCCGAGUCUCAGCUGCCGACGGGCUUUCCCAUGAGUAUCUGGCCCCGUACCACGAUCCCUCCGACGAACCCGUCGCCGCGGAAGUCUUUGAUUGGUCUUUCAACGAUGCGGACCUGCCAGUGGACACAUGGAAGGUGAUGAUGUAUAGUGAGAUCCUGGACUUCCACAACCUCGGUGACAUUGGCGCAGGCGAGGCGGAAGGACCAGUGACUGGUGAACUACCCGCUGCGCCCGUGGCUGCCUCAUAAACCGAUUCCACAUUUCCGACGUCGAACGCCUAGACAGCCCCGAUCCUGACAUUGAGGACCUGCGAGAGGACGUAGAAAAGUUGAGCGGAUGAAAUACAGAGAAACGAAGGAGGAAGUUUGAAUUAUUCGACUGGGUUGUUUGUGUGAUUUCCAUUCGAGAUGGCAGCAGUUGGGGAUAUACACCAUUUUCAUUCUCAAACUAUAUACACAAGUCACUUUUUGCCUCAUUCCCGCAAUACCUAUUCUUUUACUGUCCUUUGGAAGAAUCUCGCUGCACACGUUUUGGCGAGCUGUUUUGCAUGUCUUUAGCACCAUC